UUUAGAAACUAACUGGGAACCUAUGUGUGUCCGCCAGACAAUGAUGUUUUGAGGUUAGUUUUUCUCUAUAGACGCUGUAUUUUUUAAUUGUAAAAAAAAGAAAGGGGUUUUUAAAGAGAUAAAAUGGAAGUUGAUACAGCAAGUGAUAAUACUUCGUUAGAUGAUAAAACCGAAGAUUACUGUGAAAAUCCUACAAGGGAUGCUCUCACAGAAGGAAUUAUGAGUCUUUUGAAACCAACUGUAGAUCAACUUGAUGAAAGGAUUCGUGCUACUAGAAUUAGUCAGAUCGAGCUUGGUCAACAAAUCAAUUCCUUAACAGAAGAUUUAAUGAAAAUCAAUGAAUCUCUCCAGUGUCCAUUGGAAUUAGAAGGUUAUGUGACAAAGUUAAUAAAUGCUAAAAGAAAAGUAGUGGUAGUUAGUAAUAUUCUUCAGAAAACACAAGAGCGUUUGAACAAAAUUCAUCAAGCUGUUGAGAGAGAAACAAACAAGCGGAAGGCAUUAUUAGAUCGUAGUUCAUCAUAUCAGAGUACUACAAUAAAAACAGAAACAGAUGAUGUACUAGCAAGCUCAAGUGCUAUAUAAAUAUCUUAAUCAAUAGGCAAUAUACCACUGACUGAAAAAUAUAUUGUAAAUUACUAUAUUAAAUUAAGUAAUAGUUUUUGAUUUAUACUUAAUAUUAAUUUUUUUCCAUUAGGUAAUAGUUUUUGUUAUCUUAUUUUAUUUAUUAAU